GAUAUCUAUAUAAAACAGAUGUGAGAGUGACACAGAGGCAUCGGAGACAGGAUGAAGACUUUGUGUGUUGCUGUUGUUGUGCUGAGUCUCACCUCAGUGUGUCAGUCUGCACCGUUGACCUGUGAGCAGCUGAAUAAGCCACUCGACAAAAGUCCAGACUUGUCUGGAAGAUGGUAUAUGAUAGCGCUGAGCUCAGACGUCUGUCUGAUUCCAAGCCUCCUGAAUGCCUUGUUUUGGCCCAGUCUUGUUAUUGACUUUAAAGAACAGGACACACCAAACCUCUACAAUGCCAACGUUACGUUCAACAUGCAUGACUUUUGUGACUCAAAAGUUGAAACCUUCUUCCUUAAAAGCAGCAGCCUUUUUGAUGUGGACAGCAACAAUUCUCCAACUGGUGAGCCUGAUACGCUGCUGCACACUGGCUGUCCUGACUGCCUCGUUAUCAAGGGGAAUGAUGGCAUCAACUUGCUCAUGUACUUCAGUAGGAGAAAAACUGUCACUGAUGCUGAGCUGAAGGAGUUUGAGACACAGUCAGAAUGUAUGGGCUGGUUCAAACCGGAGGUCCUAAACACAGUCCAUGAAUACCAAGAAUGCAAGUCCUUAGAUGACGACAAUGAGGACUUUUCAACUUUGACGGCCAAGAUGGGUCAACGAAUGAAAAGCUCAUACACGGGUCCCCUUCAAUGUAUUGCACAGGAUAUUUUUUAUUACCCCCGUGUUGCCUUUGAGUGGAUUCAAGAAAGGUUUUACAGCCUUCUGUGAAUGAACAAAUAAAAACUACACUAAAUGUGAAACACUGCAACUAUUUCAGCUGCUUUCAGUGUUUUGUGAGCUUUCAGCAGUUUUUAGCAUUUAUUUUAAAAUAAAUUCAGCUUUGUAUAAUUCACAGUU